GGUGUGUGAUGGGGAGAUAGACCUUGUGGCAAAAGUGGAGCGCUGUCGCCAGGCGAUACUGGAGGGCAUUCGGGUGGAAUUUGCACACCCCCUUCUUCCUCCCAUGCCAGGAGCGGGUGGGCACAAGGUCGGCCCCCCACCCCCCUACCCCAUGGCUCACCCCCCAGGCCGUGGCAGAGGCAGAGGAGGACCAGUGAGGAAUAGUGUACAAGGUGGUGGCGUAGGUAGAAUGUUCUCCCGUGGAGGACAACUACAAGUCGCCGGUGUUGUUGUAGGAUCUUGGGGACCAAACUAUGGCUCCAGCGGUAAUGACUACAGACCAAGGGGAACAAGAUACCCGCAUAAUGGUGGUGGAAAUAUGCAAGGGAGAAGUGAAUCCAGUAGAUUUUCCCGCUCCACUCGAGGCAGACCAACUGUUUUGGCCAAACGCCGCACGAUAAAGAAGCGUGAGAUUCGCUCGAGCCGGGACGAGGGAUGA